GCGCGGAGGUUGGGACGGAAAUGAUCGGAGUGCACAAUCUAAGGAAGAAUAUGUGACAAUCGAAGGAAGAACAUGUGGAAAGGACCCGAUCCCGGUACCGAUCCAUCCUCCUUCCCCCCCCCCCCCCUCUCAAUACCGAUCGAUCCUGUAGUGGAAGGGCGGGGAGGGAGGAGGAACGUCGAUCUCUUAGUGGAUAGAGAUGCAGCAAAACUUCAGGUCCCGAUCCCGAUUGAUCGUCCCAGCAGAUCGAUCGGUAUGGGAGGGAAGGAACAUGACAGCUGCGGUCGCGUCAGGGAAACGACAGCUGGCCGAGUGAAGAGAGGUCCAGCGUGGUGGGCUGUGUCUUUGGCGGCGCUCCGUUCAUCUUCUCCCUUGACUUGGAACGUCAUUCAGCGCAAUCUGCAGAUGCAAAAGUCUUCAGAAGAAGAUGUCUCUUAAGUGACUCUUAAGUGAACAUACGUAAUUCUAUUGCUGACGGCCGUGAUUGACCGGCAAUAGGUGCAAUUGAUUGACAGAUUAAAAAAAAAAUAAAAAAAAUCGAGAAAUGGUAGAUCUUUCUGUGAACGGCUGCGAUCGACAGAGUGCGCAACAACCUCGAGGUUAAAAUUGGCACAAAUAAUUCACACAGAGAAGAAGAUUAGCAUGGCCCCUCCUCCUCCGUAAGGAGGAUAGGAUGACGCGCACGAACGCAUGGAUACGCUUGUUUGUUUUCUUCUCUCUCUCUUAGAUGUGUGUGUAUAUCCUUCCUUCGUUGCUGAUUACGUCUCUAGCUGGUGGCGAAUGGGUAUAUAUAUCAUCGUCAGCGCUCCGUCGUUAUGAUUGGAACAACUUUUCACAAAGAGAGAGAGAACGAGAGAGAGAGCGAGAGAGAGAGAGCGAAGAAGAAGAAGAUUCGCAUGGCCCCGGCAGGAGGAUGACGCGCACGAACGCAUGCAUGGAUAUGAUGCUUGUUGUCUUCGUCUCUAGCGCUGGGAUGUUUGUGUAUAUUCUGUGUUGGCUCACGAGUAUCGUCCGCGCUUUGAAGCGAUGGACCAAUUUGCUGAUGGACCGCUUGCAUUGACUGGUCGUCGGCGGAGGGUCGGUGGUGAUAGACGGAUGAUGGUGAUUGGCGGAUGUGAUAUAUUUUUGUGAUAUAUUUGUGAUACGAUGACAAUAUAUCCGGUGAUCACGUGAUUGUAUUGAUUGGCUAGGAAGAUGAGGUGCAUGAUCGGUGAGGAACGAGACAGCGUUACAUCAUCAUACUAGGUCGACGAUUGGUCGGUAGUGCACAGAUGGAUGGUUGGGUUGGUUGGUUUUUGUACGGGUAGGUAGGGGGUAUAUAUAUAUGCCUCCAAAGAAGGUUUUAAUUCAGUCGGUAUAUGACCCCAUAAACUGUUGAAAUGCAGACGUCAUUUCGAAUCUAGAUGAACUUAGAAGAAUCCUUGAAUUACUGAGGGCUGGGUUCCUUUGACGAUGACAAUGGGUGGGUGACCAACCGGAGGACUGGGCGAUAUGAUCGGUGCAGAGCGACUGAUAAUUCAAUCAGAAUUGCGUGGAUUUUUUUUUAUUUUUAUUUUUUUUUCUGUUGGGCUCUUGCGACGAUGGCUUGGUUGUGUGGCGAUGUAUGAAAUGUGCAGAACUUGAAACGACACGUGGCUAGUAUCAUCAGCAUCAGCAUUGGCAUCAGCAUCGGCAUCAGCAGCAGCAUCAGCAUCAGCAUCAGCAUCAGCAGCAGCAGCAGCAGCAGCAGGAGGAGCAGGAGGAGCAGGAGGAGCAGGAGGAGGAGGAGGAGGAGGAGGAGGAGGAGGAGGAGGAGGAGGAGGAGGAGGAGGAGAAGAAGAAGAAGAAGAAGAAGAAGAAGAAGAAGAAGAAGAAGAAGAAGAAGAAGAAAAGAAAUCGGCAGCAGGUUCGGCAGCAGCAGCAGAAGAAGAAGAAGAAGAAGGUGGUGAAGAAGAAGUAGCAGAACUUCAAGGGGAAGAGAGAGAAGAAGAAGGUGUGUGUCUGUCUAUGCCUCGAGGUGUGACAGAUUGGUACGGUGCGAUGAAGAAGAAGGAGGGAUGCUCGGUAACCCCAUGUCCCAGGUGCUUCGAGCCUAUGACAGACCCUAUAUACCAAUGCAGCAUGGGGCAUUCCUACUGCCAGAAGUGCAAGAACAACCCCUCAACUUGCGCUGCUUGCAAGGGUCCGACCGUGAGGAUGCGCAGCAAAGCCUUGGAGAAGGUGACCUUCGGCAUCAGCGGCCCGUGCAAGUACCAAGCCGAAGGGUGCGGCCAGGUUCUUGAGCACCACCUUAUGCCGAAACAUGAGGACACUUGCACCUUUAGACCCCUAGGGUGUGUUCUCCCCAUGUGCGGCUUUACGGGCAGCACCUCGCGAAUUCUGGACCACCUGAAGACCCACAACGAGGUCCAAGUCAUGAGGUUGAAGGACCGAUGGUGGACCAACGGCUGGUCCCUUAAGGUUCCCAUCUACCGCCUACCCCUCCUCAACAAGUACGCCCAGCUGAGGCCCACUGUACUGCGCGCCGGAAACGGGGUCUUCUGCUACUACACGGAGAUCGUAGGGGGUCAGUACUUCUACGGCUGCCUCCAGUACAUGGGCAAUCCAGUAGACAUAGUGAAUAACCGGUACGCGUAUUCGAUUGAAAUUGGUGGGAAAGAGAGGAGGAUCCUGUUCGAGAGCACGCCCUACAGCAGCCGGGAGGGAUACCGACAGGUGCGAGAUUCCCUCGACUGUCUGUCCUUCGACAUUGGGAUGAUGAAACUGCUUGUGGAAAAGGACCGCCGGGAGGGGACCGAGGUCUUGUACUCCACCGUCCGAGUCUGGAAACGGGGCCUCUCUGAGUCUCUCAAGACCUUCCUCAGGGUCGUCUUCACCUUCCUCCUCCUCGCCUGGCUGGCCAAGCUUGCCUACAGCGCCGUUGCCGACGGAAUCCUCGAUCAGUAUGUCGAUGUCAGUCUUCUCCUCGCACCCUUUGGUAGACGACGGUCGGGAUGGUUCUGAAAAGCGAAAAAAAAAAAACCGUCCCAGGAUUUGAAAAAACGAAAACGGAAAAAAACAGGAACAAAACCAUAGUUUUAAG